AUGAAUGGAGCGACCAGGGAUAAACAGCUGUUCGACCAAGACACCGUGCCUCGAGUGUCGAGAUGCAAGAGAAAGAACCUUUUGCAAGAGUUCGCUGUAUUGGGAGUGAAGGAAGGAGACAACGCUCGAAUCAUUCGAGGACAUGCCUGUCCAGAAAUGAAAGUUACCAAGGCUGCCAUUCACACGGCAGGCUGCAGAAUAUUCGUCGAUUUCCUUCCUACUGGUCGAUCGGACACUGUACUGGGUCGGCUUCGCAAGUUAUGCCUGUUACUUAGGACAAUCGGGGCUCAGAAGUCUACUCGCCUUGACAGGAUCCCCUUCAAUAUGAUGAUAGAGCUACAACCGUGGCUGACAGCGAUCAAGUUUAGUGGCUAUUCUCGCGGCGAAUUUCUUGCAGUCAACGAUCUGUCAAUGAUCGCGACCGCCUCCAACGCAAGCCAGCUCAACUCACCCCUCACAUAUUCUCUCACUGCUGUACCAUCACCUCAUGGAGAUAAAUCCAUCCUUGGGUCGACAGUUGUACAGCAGGCCGUUUCUAAGGCCUUUAUAUGA